AUGGACGACGCUCUCCCCUCAAUCACUUCCGCCCAAGGCACUGUCGGCUCUCGCUUCGUCUCCCAGGGCGACAUCGACGAUGCAAAAGCUAGACGAGACGAGCAGUGGCGGGCUGCAUACGCGAGACUCGGCCAAGAACCACCGCCUCAACCGACCGAGGAUGUAUACGACGGGAGGAGUCUCGCAGAAAAACUAGCCGCGAACAAGAUAGCAAAACAAGAAGAAUGGGAAGAAAAGACAAAACUAGCCAACCAGUUCCGCGCACUCGAGGAAGACGAAGUCCAGUUCCUUGACACAAUCCGCGACGAGCAAACAAAGAAUGAACUUAAGCGGAAACGCGAGGAUGCUGAAGAGGUUAAGGGGUUCAUGGCAGCGGUAGCAGCAAGGAACACCUUGCCCGACAAACCUCCAACCUCAACCUCUCCACCAAAUGGUUCCAGCGCUACAGCUUCCAACAGCAAAGGAAAAGUCUCGCCAACCAUGGUGAAGAAACCCACAGGCGCUAAGAACGCUCUCAAGGGCGUCGUCGUAAAGAAAAAGCCUGCUAAACCACCAGCCAGCACAACAGACUCAACCCCAGCCAAAAAGGUUGAAUCGAAGGAAAAAGAUCCGAAAGCCUCAAAAUCAGCUGAUAGUGACACCAAGAGACCGCGACUAUCGUCCUCAGAUUAA